AUCGUACAACUGCACUAUAUAGAUAAAUUGUUGUGAAAUCGUAAAAUGUACGAACUAAGCUGCUUUACAUAUAAUUUAUAUAUAUGUUUUUACAAAAUCGAAAUUUUACCAAAACUUUUAUUUUUCAAAUUAGCUUUUUACCCGGCCCGUUGGCCGGAGAGAGUUAUUUUAUAAUUUAUAUUAAUUAACUUAUGUAUAUGUUUAAAUCAUUUUGGAUCUUCUAAAUAUUUUGUGUUGAUUCAUAACAGAGUUUGUAGUAUGUCUAUAUUGAAAAUUUAUAAUAUAUAGCACACUCACUUCUGAUGCUUCGGUUUUCUAAUCAUAAAAUCAAAAGUACAGUAUACCUUGAUAUUAUUUAUAUAUAUAUAUAUAUAUGUGUGUAGUAUACUCAAAAUUAUUAAGAUAUUUUGCCAGACCUAUCUUAUCUCCCAUAAUACUCAUAUUAAAAGUGCUACUUGCCUAUCUCCCACCUCCGAGAUAGAGAUCUUGCUUUUACCUCCAUAACGCUAGACAACCAUUUGGGUUGUGUAUCGUUCAAUAUGUAAUAUAUAAAGAGGAAAAUCCUAAGAUCCUGCCAUUUAUUUCUUAUCACCUCCCGCCGCCCCCUUUAUGGAGAAUAAAAGGGUAGGAUUGGCAGGAUUAUAGCUCGAUAUGGUUUUAUUAUGUUCAUCGUAUCGGAGGUUAUGCUAUUUUUUGAUUUUUUGGGGCUUCUUUUCAUUCUUGUUUGGCACCUAUGGUUGUGAUAAGAGAUAUUUAGUCCCCAAAAGGGAUUGUGAUUUUAGGUCCUUUGAAAAUCCAAUACACAUUCGUGAUUCUCGAGUUUGGACGAACUUUCGACCAAUGUUGUAAAGAUUAGGACUUUUUAGUGAGAAAUUCUUAGUAAAGAUACUUAAUUAUUGGAUCAAUUUAUUCAUUUAUAUUCAAACUUGAGACACAUUGUAGCCCUCAUGAUGAUUAAAUUCUCUAAUCUCGAAUCAUUUCCAUUUUAGAUGUUUUUUUUAUCAAGAUACAUAAAUUUAGUAUAUUAUACAAGAUGUAUCAAUUGUUAAUUUUGAAGUUUAGAUGAAAUCUCCACCCGUGGUCAUUGUUUAUAUGUUGGCUUAGAAUCUCAAACUAAGACACUCACACACACUAUCGGGAAUUUUGGUCUUAACAUGGUCGUUGAAUGUGUAAUUUUCAAAGAUUUUAUCACUUAUGUAUUAAUAAUUGAUAAAGAGUGUCUAUAAUACAAACAUAUUUCAAGUGCAUUUAAAAUGUCUUAUCAUUUGAACAAUAUCGGUGGAUUUCAUUUGAUUAUUUGCAUUAACUUAUUAUCUUAUACAACAUAUAUCAAUUCGUGUUUUUCGAGUUUGGACGAACUGACAACCAAUUUUGAGAGUUAAGAUUAUUUGAUAAAGACACUUGAUUGCUGGAUAAAUAUGUUUAUCCCAAUUGACUAUCUUACUAAAAAUCGUCAACCUUUAUUUGGUAAAUGUAUAGGUUAGUAGUAGUUGAUGAUUUUGGUCAUUUUGAAAUUUUUGAUUUAUAAUCGUCGAGGAUAACUCCAAGUCUGAAAGAAAAUUUCUUAGCAUACGACUUAGAACCUCAAUAGAGCUUGGUCAAUCAACAUGAUAUAGAAAAAAUAUUAUUAAUGUGAACUUAGGACACAUUAUAAAAUUAUUGUAUAUGCGAUUCCUCUUCAUAUGAGGAAUUUAAGGUAUAACAUGAUAUGAAUGAAUAAGAAGUCUUUUUAAAAUAAAUAAUUGUAAUUACUCAAUCAAGAUUAUACGCUGACAUUUUGCUAAAUAAUACUUGUUUUAUUUUAUAGACAUCAUUUACGAAUAAGAGAGUAUUUCAUUACAACAAAAUAUAAAGUAAUAUAGUUUAUUUUUCAAUGGUAAUUGAAUGUCAAAUGUUUAUUUUCUCUCUUUUCAUAUAUAUAUAAAACAUUGUUUUUUAUGUGUAUGUUUUUCUCGACAAAAGGUUCUUUUCUAUACAAUAAUCAAAUAAUAGCGGGUAUAGUUUAAUGAAAUUUUUCAUCAAAAUGUAAAUUAUCAUUCAAUUUUAGAUAAAAUGAGUAGAAAAUUUACUUCAUAAGGUUCAAUCAAAUAUUUUUUAUUUAAACAAAUGUGGUAUAUGUCACACUCUAUUUUCUUAUCUAUAUUUUAUUUACUGGACCAAAAAAUUAUUGUUUAUAUGUGUUUGGUUAAGUUUAUCAACAUGUAAUUUAUUAUUAAAGCAAAAAAAAUUAACAUAUUAUAUAAGAGAGAGGUAGCUCCAUAAAUAUAUUAAUAAUUAAUUUUUUUGUUUUUAGAAAAGUUAUCAAACUUGGCAAAUUGUGUAUCCUCCAAGUGCUUAUAUAGCAAGAGGUUUCUUUUGAAUUGCCCAAUAUAUAUAAAGUAAAGUAAUAAUAUAGUUUAUUUUUCAAAGGUAAUUGAAUGUUAAAUAUUUAUUUUUUUCACUUUUCAUAUAUUUUUUAUUUAAUCACUAAUUUUUUUAUGUGUAUGUUUUUUUAAUUUUUUCAUCAAAAUGUAAAUUAUCGUUCAAUUUUAUAAAAUAUUAGUAGAAAAUUUUCUUCAUAAUGUUUAAUCGGAAAUUUUUUAUUUAAAAAAAUGUGGUAUAUGUCACUUUCUAUUUUUUAUUUAUAUAUUUUCUACUAACAAAAAAAAUUAUUAUUUAUGUGUGUUUGGUUAAUUUUAUCAACAUGUAACUUAUUAUCAAAAUAAAAAUAAAAGAAUAAAUGGAUAAAUGAAAAAGAAUAAUUUGAUAAAAGAAAUGGAAAUAUUAAAAAAGAGAGAGGUAGCUCUAUAAAUAUAUUAAUAAUUAAAUUUUUUGUUUGUAAAAACGUUGUCCAACUUGGCAAAUUGUGGAUCCUCCAAGUGCUUAUGUGGCAAGAGAUUGCUUUUGAAUUGACAUAAUAUAUAGUAUAGAUAGAUAGAUAGAUAGAUAGAUAGAUAGAUAGAUAUAGAUAGAUAGAUAGAUAGAUAGAUAGAUAAAUCCACGAAGCAAACGACCCGUUAGAGGUUGUUUGCUUGAUGGAUUUAGUGAUGAAUUUGGUAAUGAAUUUGGAUCCAUCAUGGACUUGGUCCAAAAUCCAUUGUUUGUUUCAUGUAUUUGGGGGAAACAAAUCCGUGGGUACCACGAACUUUAAGAGUCCAAAUCCAUGGACCUCACGGAUUUGAAAGUUCCACUUCUUUAGGUGGGAAUUGAUCAUGAACUUUGAAGCCCAUCGUUUAUGAUGACCAAACUAAUUAACCAAUUCAAUCAUGAAAUCUAUGAAACAAACAAUGAUUUUUUUCAAGUCCAUAAUGAACCCAAAACCCUCAUAUAUCCAUGGUUUUACAAAACCCAAGUUUUACCAAAACCUUCAUUUUUCAAAUUCACGAAGCAAACGACCCGUUAGGUUCAUUUGCUUCGUGGAUUUGGGUGGUGGAUUUGGUACCAAAUCCAUUUCAUUAUGGAUCUAAGGAAAAUCCAUCAUUUGCUUGUAUUUUUUAGAGACCAAAUCCGUGGGGCCCACGGAUUUUAAAGGUCCAAAUCCUGGACCCCACAGACUUGUAAAUCCUACAUAUUGACGUGGGAUUUGUAACAUGCCACAAAUCCAUGAUGAGAUUUUACCCAUAUACCCUCAUGAACUUUUAAAAUUUAAAGGUUGCCCUCACAUUUACUUAUUGUAUAUUACAAAUAUCAAUUAAUUAACAACAAAGAAAUAAUAUAAAUAUUCAAUUAAUGUGCAAACAUGAGUUAGAUUUUUUAUACCCUUUCUUGUGUUCAAGUUUCCUUUGACCUUUUAAUAGAACGUGUAAUUUUUUGUUCCUCGGUUCUAAUACAUGUUGAUAUAUGUUACUUUUGAAAAGGAGAACACAGUAUUGUAGCUGAUAUACGUUACGUUAAAAGUUAAACGAAAUUUUCUCGUUUAUUAUUAUUGUCCUUGUGGCAACAUUAUGCUUUUUCGUACGUAUUAUCCUUGUUUUGUGUAUAUAUAAUAAACAUAACAAACAAAUAGAAAGGUUACUAUGAUAAUUUUGGACUUUAGUUCUAAAUCUCAAACCCUUAAAUCCAUGAUAAAACAUCUCAACAAGCAAAGGAUUGUUACAAAUCUCAAAUCGUUGAUAAAUCCUUGAAUUUUUAAAUUACAAAACCCUCAUAUUUAAAUCCAUGAAGCAAAUGAUCAUUAAUAGUUGAGAAAAGAUCGAACCACGGUUCAAAUGACAGCAAAAUAUGAAAAGAAAUUUCAGUUUUUGUUCUCCAUUUAUUUCUCUAAGUCUUGUUAGAGUGAAACUAUUAGGGGUAUUAACCUAUACGGAAGAAACAAAAAUAUUAAAGUGAAAUUAUUCCGGUAUUAUAGACAUUUAUUUCACACAACAAGCCACGAUUCAACCACGGUGAAAUGUUUUGGGGUGUAAAUUUUAAAGAAGGAAAUAUUUUCUAACAACAAAGAAUGUAUUCAAGAAUUUUUUCGGAAUAUAAAAACACAUUACGAUUGUUCAUGAAAACGAAAAAAAUUGUAUUAUUCUGUUAUUUGUUUAGUGAAUAAACUAUUCAGACAUCACUCCUAUAUCAUAUUACGAACCAAUUUGUUUCAAUGACUCGACUUAUUGACACAAGACCGGUCACAACUUUCAUACCAUUCUUUUACCAACAAACCUAACAAUUUACCGUGAUUUUUACCUUUGUCCCAUCAAUAUCCACUUUACUUGACUUGGAGGUACAUAUUAAAAUCAAAGGAGUGAUUAGUGAGGCAGUGCAUUAUUGGCUGUGUUGCGGUGGUGGUCUCUACCGGAAAUGUGAGAUGACACCAAAAUAGCUAACUAGUCAAGACCACAAGCACAGUACUGUAAAUAACAAGUUAUCUAUCUAUCUAUCUAUCGACCCCAAUAGUCAAGAAAAUUUGCUUGAAAGAUGUAAUUGGUUGCUGCAUAGCGCCAAUACUAAUUGGUGGGAUAAGGUUUCGAUAGACCUGUGAUUUGAAGGAAGUGCCCUAAAAAGAGGAGGUGGAGGUUGUCUUGAUUUUUGUCUUGGAGGUACUUCUAAAUCAUUGAAAAACCAAUUCACUCUCUUCAAUCUUCAAUGUUGGUUGGUUGGUGAGUAUGGGCAGGUCGAAUCAUUGGUUCCCCCCCCCCUACUGGGCCUUCCUUUCGGUUCUUUUUGCUUUUUUCAUCAUUUUAUGCUCACUUCAAAAUAGGUACUAGGAAAUUAUUUAGUUUUGUGGGUUCACUUCCAUUUGUAAGAAAAUUUGGCGCACUCACCUUUUUUCCCCCUCAAAGCAAAUAAUGGCAACACAAGGCUCAUUAGUGCUUUCCAUUUGAUGAUUUGAAGAAGAAAAAGAGAGAUGGUGGAAGGGAUCAGAAUCAGACAACGGAGAGAUGAGGAGAGCGACCACAAUGCAUAAUGGAUCCGAGUGUGAGAAGAAUCAGAGAAUUGGGGGAAAUUGCUCGUUUGAGCUUUCCAUUAAUGCUGAAGGAGCUUAUAUACAUUCGAUUAAUUACACUUAACGGUAACUACAACUAACAAAUGAAAUAGACCUAUAAGAGCUAUACACAUGUAAAUUAUACUGUAAAACUGGAACAAAGGCCAUUAGCCAAAACGGUGCACUUCACUUUGUUCUGUUUCUUUGCAAAUGUCACCGUAUGAGGCUCUGCAUCCUUCAUCUGUUCUUCGUUCUUCAUCAGCAGCAGAGCCUCCAAUCCUCUUGACACUGCAAGAUGGAUCAUCCAUCCUCUCUGUUAGAGUGCUUGGUCCGAUUUUAUUUCUGUUACGAAAUUAAUUUUAUUCAAUAUACGAUAAUUUGUUUCAUUCCAUUUUAUUAUUUGAAGAGAAAACAAGAGAUAUAGAGGAAGGGAUGGUGAACACAAUGAAAAUAUUUAUGCUUUGUCGCAUUUCGCAAGAUGGCCAAAUUCUCGAUUUUCCGAUUAUAUUUUGGGUUUCCUCAUACGUUUUACUCUCCCCAUCCAAACAGAGAAAUUGAUAUCACAGACAACUUCUCAACUACCAUUCCAACUGGAAUUCAUAUGUACCUCUGUCGGUUUUCACUUUGCCCUAUUCUUAGAAGGAAUAUAGUUGAAUUCCAGAAGACUGGAAAUGGCAGCUUGGAAUUACCCUAUUCAGAUUCACUAAAGUAAUAACACCACCUAUAUUACCUACACAGCAAGUACUUAUCAUUGAAACCAGACAUUUCACACGGAUGCACAUAUAAUUUGUUUUACUAUUAUAUAUAUAUAUUAAGAGUCAGAUUGGCGUACUCCUAGCGUAUAAUAUACUCCAGGUGUUGCUAGUGAGAUAUAUCUAUCUAGAUAAUGAAUUAAAUCGAGUUUGAGGUAUGAUACUAUACCCUAAUCUCUAAUGGAUAAAUUCUAGACCUCGAUUCUCUAAACUCAGUCACCGAAGCUCAAUUUGAUAAAAAACAAUAAUUGACCGUUGAGAUUAAUCGGAACUCUUCGAAGUACAUUUAAUGGUUAGAUCACUUGGAGUAUACCAAUAUAAGUGUAUGUUAUAACAUAGAAGGGGAAUUGUACAACUAUUAAAAAAAUGGGAAUUUACAUAAUGUCUUUCAAUCUCUAGUGAGAGAACCAAAGAAAGAUCAAAGCUGGCGAACAAAGACGAACAAAAUAUCUCUAACGAGUGAAAAUCAAACAUAUGAAAGCUCAACUUCUGUAGCAAAGAUCAAUCUAUACCAAGACCUACAAAUCAACAACCAAAGAUGGGGGAGCUUUAAAUUUAAGACUAAGUAUAAUCAAAUAUAAUGAAAGGAAAGCAUAAUUCAAUCCUAUAGAGUAUUGGGUUCAAAUUAAGGCUUAUAUAUCCUUUAAGACUUUUAUAUGGAAAUUUUAACAAAGGGUAUGUUCAAUAAUUUUUCUAAAGUACAUAUAUGAGUAUAUUUGAUUUUUAAAAAAAGUAGAAGUAUGUAAUUGAUAAAAAUGUUAGUAAACAAUAUACGAUCCACAAUUGAACCUCUUCCAACAACUCGAUUUAUUGAGACCAAUUGGUUCUUGAUAUGGUAUCAGAGCCUUCUGUGAGCGAGAGCUAUUUUGUUCGAAUCCCGAUGACCCCAUAUAAUUUGUAUGGAAAUUUAUAUGGCUUAUAUAUCCUUUAAGACUUUUAUAUGGAAAUUUUAACAAAGGGUAUGUUCAAUAAUUUUUCUAAAGUACAUAUAUGAGUAUAUUUGAUUUUAAAAAAAGUAGAAGUAUGUAAUUGAUAAAAAUGUUAGUAAACGAUAUACGAUCCAUGAUUGAACCUCUUCCAACAACUCGAUUUAUUGAGAUCAAUUGAUUCUUGAUAUGGUAUCAGAGCCUUCUUUGAGCGAGAGCUAUUUUGUUCGAAUCCCGAUGACCCCUAUCUAUUUCCGGUUUUGUUAAGCACAUGGUGUCCGGACCUGUGCCUGCAAACUCCAAGCCUAUCUGAGUGGCUUGAGUUUGAGGGGUGUGUUAAUUAACGAUAUAUGAUCCACGAUUGAACCUCUCCCAACGACUCAAGUUAUUGGAAGCAACUUGUUUUUUAUGAAAAAUACAUAGUAGAUGAACAUAUUAUACUUAUAACACAUUAAUUUAUCAUAAACGUUAGCUUACUUGGUUAAAUCUCGUAGCUUUUGUUUUCUUUCUUUAUGAUUGCUUCCAACGUCUUACUAUGUAGCAAUUUCCAUAUUUCAAGUAAGAAAAACAAUUUUAAUUAGGAUAUCUCGACAUCCAUAUUCAUUUUGUGACAAAUCGUAUCCAUGUCGGGUAUUUUGUAUUGCGAUAUAAGUUGGCCAGAUCGAUACAUACGAGUAUGCAUUUUAAAGAAAAAUACUCGAAAUAUUACUUUCUUUCAUCUAAAAUUGAGAAACAAACUAUGACCACGCGAUAAGUGUAGUGAAAAUUAUUUGAGAAUCUGAGAUUCUCAUCUUCUUACAACUUUACUACAUCUAAUACUAUGUAAUAAGAGUAAAGUUCUAAGUAAUGUGAACAAAAUUACAUAUAAUAUAGGUAAACGAGUCAAGAAUAAAAUGAAUCAAAUUGAUUAGAGUAGUCAUGCCCACUCAAAACCAAUCAAACAUAUCAAACAAAUUAAUACUUAAUUUUAAUGGGAAUCACCCUCCAAAAUAUUUGGCUUUGGGUACGUCCGUAGGGCCAGGAGUUAAUAAGUUAUUAGUGGUUAUGACGUGGUUCGAUUGCAAGUGGGAGAUGAUCAAGGCAUCAAAGCUAGCUCACAAUCCUCUGUAGGCAAGCUGGAUUACGUUAGACAAACAGUUGGAGCUUAGCUAUGGCUAGGACUGAAGUUUACACGUUGGGAAAGAGAUGGCUGGGGAAGAUGCAGCCAUGCACACCAGCUAGCUAUAGCUGCCUUCCCAGAAGAACCUUUUGAUAAUAAUAAUAAUAAUAAUAAUAAUAAUAAUAAUAAUGAUAACAUAGACAUCGAUAGGUCGACCUUGAAUCCCACGUACGUAUAUAGAAUGUGACGUGGAAAUAGGAAACAAAUAUUAAUUAAGGUGGUGGAUUUGGAAAUUUGGAAUUUUAGAGAAUCGCUCUUCUACGUAUGACGUCGCGAAGGUCGAAUUAAGAUUGUGGUUGUGGGUUCUCGAUAUAUCGCUUUGAUGUAUUGGCAAUCGUCGACAGUGGCAAAUAAAGAAGUUGCUUUGAUUUUGCAUGGAUCAAACAGUUGUAAGAAUUGACCUUCGACGUGGUAUUGUUGUGUCCAAUAUUAUGCAUAACAAAUAACAAUCACGUAUCAUUAUCAUAUCAUAAUAUUACCACAUUGAUACGAUCAAGGUCGGUCCUGAGGGUGUGCCAGCAAAUCAUUCGGCACCAAGGCCUUCAAAUUUUGAGGAUCUCUGAACCUCUAUUGUGUAUAUGAAUAAUUAUUAUAUGAUUUUAAUUAUGGAUUUGAAAUAAUAAAAAAUUAAUAUAUUUGGUUCUAAUUAUGAGUCUAAACUGAUCAUAUGAAAAAAUUUAAACCUAAAGGCUAAACAAACGAAUGAACCACAUGACAAGUAAACUUGCUUUCUCGUUAUAUUUUUUUAAUCAUAUAACAUAGCUUAUUAUUUGUCAUCUGUUUUACAGAGAGAAUAAGAGAGGUUAGAUUGUUGAUAUUUCCUUAUUAGUAGUAUUAUUAAAUUUUUUGCUUCAAAUUUCUUUAUUUUUAGCUUUCCAAGGAUAAAAAGAAUUCAAUUUCAACAAUUUAUCUGCUUGUACCAGCAAGUCAACAAUGCUAACUUAAUUAAAUCAUCCCAUUGAUUUAUUAAAAGUUAAUCAGAAUAAGAUACAAGCCAUAAACGGUAAAAAACGAGAAAAGGAAAAAAAAACCAAUUACAAAUAGUUCUUUUCAUACUUUAGACUAAAAGAUUACCAGCUUUGUCGCGACAGUGAAGGUUUGGGAUUUGCAUAUCCCAAGUUUGAAUCCAAGCGAGACCCAAAUGAAAAUAAUUUUUAAUGAUUGAUUGUUGCAAUUUUUUCUCUAUUUAUCAUAUUAAAAAAAAUUGGGUCUCAUUUUUUCGAUAGAAUAGGGCCUCCUUAAUCUUAGGAGUUAGGGCUGGCCAUGAAUACGAGGACAGACAAUGCAUGUUGGAGCCUAAUUAAAGUAAACUCAUACAUCAAUAAUUGGUAUAUAGUUACAGUUGGAGCUAAAAAUAGUAGUAGAUGUUAAAAAAAAGUUGUAGUAGGUUUGACUCAAGUUUCAGGAUAUGCAUGGGUAUUGGGUCGGACCCAAAUGAAUCGAAAUAUACUUUUAAUAAUUAUGGACAUCAGUUGAGUUUAAAUCAAAUCCAAUUUGGUGUCAAUUUAUUAUAUGAAUAUUGCAUGAGUAUAAGUGUGAAUAAAAUCCGAACAAAUUAGGAAAGAAUAAUGGAUAGUUAUUAUCCACCUCAAUCCAACUCGUUGUCAUACUUUCGCGAUCCGAUAAAUUCCUUGCAAUAAGACAUCAGAGAAUUUGUUACUCAUCCACAUACACAGAACUAGUUGCAACUUACAAGAAGUCAAGAACAAACCAACUUUUGAUUUUUUUUUUCUUCUUCUAAACCAAAGAUCAAAGAAUUGCUUCCCUUCGACCAAAAAGAAGGGGGGGAAAAGGUAUUGCUUCCCUUGCAAACAAAGGGCUAGGCUCGGGCUUGUUUUUGUGCCGGCUUCAGAGGUUUGGGCUCCAGAUCGUGCAGCCUUCCUGUGCCUUUUCCCCGGUUCAUCUUAAAUUAGGAUUCAGUCCAAAUAUUGGGCUUUGCCAAGAGCCCAACUAAGUAAGGCUACCUAUUUGUCAGUAGAGGCUUAACUUUAUCCAAAUCCAGCCAAAAAUCCAAGCCCAACUUUCUCGACACACUUUAGUUUCUUGGCACUCAAAAAUCAGUUGAUGCAACUGAAUUUGUGGGAAGUAAUGUGGGCGUUGUAGAGUGACAUGGGAGCCCUUAUCUUCAACAUUCAUUGCCUCCGUGGAUGAGCGGUUUGUUGCUCAUUGGUAUUCCAACCUCAUUCCCCUAUCUUGUUAGUUGUUAUAGAAGACGAUUUUGUAUCAAUGAACACUUGCUAACCAAUAGAGGACACACUUCUGAUUGUUUUACAGUCCUCCGCAAGAUCAGAUAAUGAUUUUGGAACGGCAGAUUAAAUGAGUUUCGAGAUACUUAUUGAUGAGAGAGCAAUGCAGUUAAAAGCUAGGUUUAAAGAUUUAAAGUCUACACUUUUACGUUUUAAACCCAAAAUAUUAUAACUUUUAUUAAAAAGUUUUUUUUUUUUUGCUAAAAAACCAAGUCAAAAGCCUAGAAGCUGACUUUUACAUCCUUUGUUAGCCUUUUGAUAUCCGGGUAUUAUAAUAAUAUUGUAGAAGUGUGCAAUUUUCGGGUUCGAACCGAACCAAAUCUUUAGAUUUUAGGUUCAAAAAUGAAAAAAUAUAGGAUCAUGGAUCGGACCGACAUUGCAAUCGGUUUAGUGUGGUCCAGUUUGAUCCGGUCCAAAUAUCACUCACCCUCAUUUUACUUUUGUAUAUAAAAUUCAUAGGACCGAAUCAAUUUUAUAUUCGAUAGGUUUGGUCCUCUCGAUAUCGAUUUGGCCCGAUGCGAUACGCUCUAGAACAAAACGUUGCACACGCUGCCAAAUUAGGUUAGGUUUGGCUCACUGCCCAAGAGAGAAAAAAUUACACAUGUUUAUUUGUUUUUUAGUCAAGCUAUGCUUCGAGUCUUUCGUUCUACGAAUUUUCCAUCCCUAAUUCAUUGUCACUUCUCCUCCAUUCUCGUUUUUCCUACCUUCGGCGUCCUUCCUUUCUCAUUUCUUCAACUCCCACCCCUGCAACUACGCUGUUGUCGAAGCUCAUCUACUUCAGCCUCCCAUUUGUCGUCAUUUUCACUUGUUAGUAAAGUUUGCCUACAACCCUUAUAGCUUCGUCAUUUGCCUUGAAUGACAAAUUACAUGAGAAUUGGACUUCAAUGUAGAAUCACACUCCUCAUCACGACCUUAAAUAACCUCAAUUGUCAACUAUCUAAUCACGUCUUCCAUUUCUACUUCAUUCUUCAGUAUAGUUAAGAUGUUAAUACAUCUUUAUCUGUAUACAUCAAGACAAUAAUCUUUAUCCUUAUUAAUAAUCUUCUUAGAUUGUUUUUUCCCCAACAAAGCUAUUGAAUGCCCAUUGUUAGCCACUAAUCCUUGUAUGGACGAGUUACGUUGACAACCCCUUAAAAGGGUUGUCAGAUUCACAACCCACUUCAUAGCCCUUGGAUACGUUCUCUCUCCUGUCUCUUUUUUUUAAAAAAAUUAACGGUUAAGAUUAAAGGAAGGAUAUUUUUGGAAAGAUAAAAAUUUACCACACCCAAUCAUUCACCCUACCAUAUAAAAAUAACAAAAACCCUAACUCCUCCAUCCUCCCUCUCUCUCUCCUCCCUCUCUCCCGUAGGAUUCACCGUCGCAGGUCUUCAUCCUAUCGGGCCAGAGCAACAUGGCCGGCUGCGGCGGCGUAAUCGCCAACCACCACAAAAAGAUCUGGGACGGGAUCGUGUCGCCGGAGUGCGAAUCUCACCCUGCAAUCCUCUGUCUCUCAGCCGAUCUCCGCUGGGAGACGGCGGCAGUCCCACUCCACGCCGACAUCGACGCGGGGAAAGCGUGCGGGGUGGGCCUCGACAUGUCGUUCGCGAAUUCCGUGAGGGAUCGGUUGUGCAGCGGCGGUAGUGGUGCGAUUGGGUUGGUUCCAUGCGCCGUGGGAGGGACGGCGAUCUGAUUUUUUGUUUUAGUCUCUACUGGUACCAAUAUCACUGGUAGCGCUAUUGGUACGCUACCACUACUCACUGAUACCAAUACCAGUGGCUCCCCUAUCAUCUGGUACCACUAUCAUCUGUUUUUUUUUUUUUUUUUUGUUAUUCUCUACUGGUACUGCUACCAAUGCUAGUGGUAGCGCUACCACUGCUAGUAGCGUUGUGUUAUUCUCUAGUGGUAUCGCUACCAAUAUGGUAGUGGUACCGUUGUACUGGUAGCGCUACCACUAGUACUGAUACAUUUUUUACUGGUACCGCUAAUACUGGUACAUUUUUUAACGUACUGGUAGCGUACCACUAGCACUGGUAUAUUAAUUACCAGUAGACUAAUAGAUUGGUACACUUUUUAACGCACUGAUACAUUUUUUCAGGUUGCCGGAGGGAGUCUGCCGGAGAGAAUUCGCCGGAGAAAAAGUUUGUCGGUCCAUGCGGAGUGGCCGCUGGAGAAAGGAAGAGAGAGAGAAAUAGAUAGAGAUAUUAAUGUAUAUGAUUUAAAUUAAAAAAAAUUGUAUUUAAUAUGGAUUUUUAAUUCCCAAUAUAGUUAAUACAAAAAAGGUAAUUAAUAUAUUCAUAUUUUCAUACCCAAAAUACCCUUAGUUUUGAAUCCAAC